AGAUUACAAAGAACAAUGGCAUACGUCAUUCGGUUUAUAAACAAUUUAAAAAAUCGCAAGAAUAGGCUCUCUGGUAUAUUAACUGUCGAUGAACUAAAUGAAGCUUUUAAAUCAUUAUGUUUAAUAGCUCAGCAACAAAGUUUUUCUGUAGAAUACAAAAUCUUACGUAAUAAUAAACAAUUAAAUUCUAAAUCUAAAAUUUUAAAUUUAUCACCUUAUAUUGACGAGGAUAAGUUAUUGCGAGUUGGCGGACGUCUAGAUACUUCUAACUAUUCCUAUGAUAAAAUUCAUCCAAUACUUUUAGAUUCAUCACAUCAUUUGUGUAAAUUAUUAUUCAGAUAUGAACAUAUUCGUAAUAUGCAUGCCGGUCCUCAACUGCUGCUGGCUACAAUUAGGCAAACAGUUUGGCCAAUUAGGGGUAGACUAUUAGCACGUUCUACCGUUCGUAAUUGUGUGCGUUGUCGACGAGUGCAGGGUAAUACAUUGUUGCCAAAAAUGGGGAAAUUGCCUUCACAACGCAUUACUCCUGACUUCCCUUUCAAGUCCGUUGGAACUGACAUGGCCGGACCAUUCUAUAUUGUAAAUCGUAAAGGCCGCGGGGCCAGGUUAAUGAAAUGCUAUCUUUGUUUAUUUAUUUGCCUUCGUUUUAAAUGUUUACACUUAGAGGCCGUUAGUGACCUCUCUAAAGAUGCCUUCAUCAUGACUUUGCAUAGAUUUGUUUCGCGCCGCGGUAAACCAGCUGAGAUCUAUUCUGAUAACGGACGCAAUUUUGUAGGAGCGGCAAGGGAGCUCAGUAAAUUCACCGAUACACAAAACAUCGCGUUAACUGAAUUUACAGCUCAGCAAAACAUCAAAUUUAACUUCACUCCAUCUUACUCUCCUCACUUCGGCGGCAUAUGGGAGGCCGGUGUGAAAUCGGCAAAGUAUCAUAUCAAACGAGUCAUGGGAAAUUCACAUUUAACUUUUGAAGAAAUUCUAACUUUGUUUGCACAAGUGGAGGCUAUUUUGAAUAGUCGUCCCUUGUGCCCAUUAUCCACUUCCCCUGACGAUUUCCUUUUCCUUUCCCCAGGGCACUUCUUGAUCGGAAGACCACUAAAUGCUCUGCCGGCUCGCGCCUUGGAGAAUGAAAAGGAACCGCAAUUGAAACGCUACGCACGACUCGAGCAAAUCAGGCAACAUUUCUGGCUGAGGUGGCAAAAGGAGUACAUCUGCGAACUACAAAUACGUACAAAAUGGAAAACAAACAAGGCUAAACUAAAGGUUGGAGACUUGGUGCUCAUAAGUGAAGAUUCCCUGCCGCCGUUAUGCUGGAGUACCGGACGAGUAACCAGGCUAUAUCCAGGGCCAGAUGGGAUUCCUCGUGUUGCUGAUGUUCAGACCACGGUGGGUUGUUAUCGCCGUCCUCUGGUUCGCCUCUGCCCGUUACUCGACGAUGAAGACACAGAGUUGAAGAAUCUGGAUUCUUCAACGGGGGGAGUAUGUUAAGGAACGUCUCACAUUUUCAUUGCGGUGCAACUCUAUAACGAUUCACAUCGUGUGAUCCAUGCUUAAUUUAUCGGUUAUCGGUGUGAAGUAUCUAUAUAGACUGUGAGUGCAAUAGACAAUCAGUGAUGUGACAGAACGUUGGGUAUAUAAGACAGUGAUUUGACAUGUAAACUCUCUUUCCCUUACUUCUUCUCGUCGUGCGAAGUGUUUGCGUAAUCUUGUAAUUUGCAAUACAGAAUAAUUAACUU